AUGCUGCGCAAGCUCACCGUAGACCAGAUAAACGACUGGUUCACUAUCGGCAAGACUGUGACCAAUGUGGAGCUGCUGGGCUCGCCACCGGCCUUCCCGGCCGAGGCUCCCAGGGACAAGGCCUCCAGCGUCGGCCCAGUGGCCCACAUCCCGGCUCCUGCCCCAGCUCCCACCCGCCCGGCCGCCGCCUUGAGGAGGUCACUCAGCCAGAGGAGCUCAGAAAUGGAGUAUAUUAACAAAUACAGGCAACUUGAAGCACAAGAGUUUGAUAUGUAUGGCAGUGAUCAAACAACCAAUGGGCCAGGUCCAAGGCCACCUUUGGCUAAGUUAAGCAAUGUGACAUGCAUUCCAGAGACAACUUAUAAAUAUCCUGAUUUGCCAAUAAAUCGAUGUAAGGAAGAGGUUAUUUCUUUGAUAGAAAGCAAUUCUGUAGUAAUUAUACAUGGCGCCACAGGAAGUGGUAAGAGUACUCAACUUCCACAGUAUAUCUUGGACCAUUAUGCUCAGCGCUGUACCUACUGCAACAUUGUGGUUACCCAGCCACGGAAAAUAGGGGCCAGCAGCAUUGCUAGGUGGAUCAGUAAAGAGCGCUCUUGGACUCUGGGUGGCUUGGUGGGCUAUCAGGUAGGGCUAGAGAAAAUAGCAACAGAAGACACCAAGCUAAUUUAUAUGACCACUGGAGUCCUGCUUCAGAAAAUUGUAAGUGCCAAGAGUUUGAUGGAAUUCACACAUGUCUUCAUCGACGAAGUACAUGAACGAACUGAAGAAAUGGAUUUUCUGCUGUUAGUAGUCCGAAAACUUUUAAGAACAAAUUCACGUUUUGUGAAGGUAGUCCUCAUGUCUGCUACCAUCAAUUGCAAGGAGUUUGCAGACUACUUUGCCGUUCCUGUUCAGAACAAGAUGAAUCCUGCAUAUAUUUUUGAAGUGGAAGGCAAGCCUCAUGCGAUUGAAGAAUAUUAUCUUAAUGAUUUGGGGCAUGUUUAUCAUAGUGGGCUCUCUCCCCACCGCCUGGAGGAACCAAUAAUAACGAAAGAUAUCUAUGAGGUUGCUAUCUCACUAAUUCAGAUGUUUGAUGACUUGGACAUGAAGGAGAGUGGGAACAAGACCUGGUCGGGGGCCCACUUUGUGUCGGAGCGGAGCAGCGUAUUGGUGUUUUUGCCAGGUCUGGGUGAAAUAAACUAUAUGCAUGAACUUCUCACAAACAUGAUUCACAAAAGGUUACAAGUCUAUCCGCUCCAUUCCAGUGUGACUUUAGAAGAACAGAACAAUAUAUUUUUAAGUCCAGUCCCUGGGUACCGAAAGAUUAUUCUGUCUACCAACAUUGCAGAGAGUUCUGUCACAGUUCCAGAUGUCAAGUAUGUUAUAGAUUUUUGUCUAACUAGAACUCUAGUUUGUGAUGAAGAUACGAAUUACCAGAGUCUGCGGCUGAGCUGGGCUUCUAAGACCAGUUGUGACCAGAGAAAAGGCCGUGCUGGGCGAGUGUCUAAAGGGUAUUGUUACAGGCUGGUACACAAGGAUUUCUGGGACAACUCCAUCCCUGACCAUGUUGUUCCUGAGAUGUUGCGUUGUCCGUUAGGAAGCACAAUAUUAAAAGUGAAGCUGCUUGACAUGGGUGAACCAAGAGCUCUUCUGGCAACUGCCCUUUCUCCACCUAGUCUGAGUGACAUAGAGCGUACCAUCCUUUUGCUGAAGGAGGUUGGAGCCCUGGCAGUUAGCGGGCAGAGAGAAGAUGAAAACCCCCAUGAUGGUGAACUGACCUUCUUAGGGAGAGUGCUAGCUCAGCUCCCUGUCAAUCAGCAGCUGGGUAAACUCAUCGUGCUGGGACACGUGUUUGGGUGCCUGGAUGAGUGUCUUAUCAUAGCGGCAGCUCUCUCUUUGAAGAAUUUUUUUGUGAUGCCCUUUCGGCAGCAUCUUGAUGGAUAUAGGAACAAAAUGAACUUCUCUGGCAGCAGUAAGAGCGACUGCCUUGCGCUUGUGGAGGCAUUUAGAGCAUGGCAGGCUUGCAGACAACGAGGAGAGCUGCGGCAUCCCAAGGACGAACUUGACUGGGGACGGUUAAAUUACAUUCAAAUCAAGAGAAUUAGAGAGGUAGCUGAGUUGUAUGAAGAACUGAAGAACAGAAUCGCACAGUUCAACAUGUAUGUGGAUUCUCGGCGGCCCGUCUUGGACCAAGAGUAUCGGUAUAAGCAGCGCUUCAUCCUGCAGGUUGUAUUGGCAGGUGCUUUUUAUCCAAAUUACUUUACUUUUGGACAGCCAGAUGAGGAGAUGGCGGUGAGAGAGCUGGCUGGCAAAGACCCAAAGACAACGGUUGUGUUGAAGCACAUUCCUCCCUAUGGAUUUCUUUACUAUAAACAACUGCAAUCUCUCUUUAGACAGUGUGGUCAAGUCAAAUCCAUUGUAUUUGAUGGUGCAAAAGCCUUUGUGGAGUUUUCCCGGAAUCCAACAGAGAGAUUUAAAACCCUUCCUUCAGUGUAUAUGGCAGUGAAGAUGUCCCAGCUGAAAGUGUCACUGGAGCUCAGUGUUCAUGCUGCAGAUGAGAUUGAAGGGAAAGUGCAAGGAGGGUCGGUGUCCAAGCUCAGGAACACAAGGGUGAAUGUGGACUUCCAGAAGCAGACAGUAGAUCCCAUGCAAGUCUCAUUCAACACAUUAGAUCGGUCCCGGACAGUCGCAGAUCUCCUCUUGACUAUUGAUGUCACAGAGGUGGUAGAAGUAGGCCACUUCUGGGGAUACAGGAUUGAUGAAAGGAAUGCAGAGCUUCUGAAGAAGCUGACUGCUGAGAUAAAUCAGUUGGAGCUGGUGCCCCUGCCUGUUCACCCUCAUCCUGACUUGGUCUGUCUAGCACCUUUUAUUGACUGUGACAAGGAACGCUAUUUUAGAGCUCAAAUCCUUUAUGUUUCUGGAAAUUCUGCUGAGGUGUUCUUUGUAGACUAUGGUAAUAGGUCUCAUGUCGACCUAGGCCUUUUAAUGGAGAUUCCCUGUCAGUUUCUUGAGCUUCCAUUUCAGGCUUUGGAAUUUAAGAUUUGCAAAAUGCAGCCCUCGGCAAAGUCUCUUGUUUGUGGUGAGCAUUGGAGCGGCAGAGCCAGUGGACGGUUUGCCUCCCUGGUGAGCGGCUGUGCUCUGCUAGUGAAGGUCUUCUCAGUGGUACAUAGUGUGCUGCAUGUGGACGUGUACCACUAUUCCGGGACCCAGGACAUGGUCAACAUCAGAGACGUCCUCAUCAGCGAGGGCCAUGCUGAGCUCGCGGAGGAGUGUUACGAGUCAAAACAAAGCCAUGAAGUCCUCAAGGAUCUCUUUUCCAAAUCAAUGGAAAACUUGGUGGAUAGGUCCGUGUCCUCCCCCAUGAAGGAUGAGGAGAAAUACCUGAUCCGAGUGUUGUUGGAGAGCUUUUCUUCCAAUAGGCUGGGUGCCCCAAACUGCAAGGCCAUACUCCAUGGACCGUUUAACCCUUACGAGCUGAAGUGUCAUAGUUUGACCAGAAUAUCCAAGUUCAGGUGUGUCUGGAUCGAGAAGGAGAGCAUCAACUCUGUUGUCAUCAGUGAUGCUCCUGCAGACUUGCACCAGAGGAUGCUAGUUGCAGCCUCACUCUCAGUCAAUGCAACUGGAUCUACCAUGAUUCUGAGAGAAACCUCUCUGAUGCCUCACAUCCCUGGCCUCCCGGCACUGCUCAGCAUGUUGUUCGCACCGGUGAUGGAGUUAAGGGUUGAUCGGGAUGGAAAAUGCUAUACUGGUGUUCUUUGUGGUUUGGGAUGGAGUUCAACUACAGAGGCUCCUAUACUGCCGGAGCAUGACAUUGAGCUAGCAUUUGAUGUGCAGUUCAAUGUAGAAGAUAUUGUCGAGAUUAAUAUUCUCAGGGCUGCUAUCAACAAGCUAGUGUGUGAUGGGCCAAAUGGAUUGAAGUAUCUUGGGCCAGAAAGAAUUGUGCAGUUACAGGAUAAUGCUCGUCAGAAACUUCUAGGCUUGUUCUGUCAGUUGAGACCUAGAGAGAAGAUUGUUCCUAAGUGGCAUGAAAAGCCCUACGAGUGGAAUCAGGUUGAUCCAAAGCUGGUCAUGGAACAGGCUGACCGAGAAGGCAGCCGGGGGAAGAAUACUUUUCUCUACCAGCUUCACAAGCUUGUUGUGCUCAGUCCCUAA